ACCCGGAAGUAUAUGUUGGCCAAUGGCAGAAAAACACGAAUAGACAGAACGAAUAUAUUGGCAACGUUGAGGGGUUUGUUAGUUUAAUAGAGAAAUAUGUUAGGCUCCAGUGAUAUACCACCUCUUGUUGCUCUGCUGUUUUCGAUCACACUGAAACUGUCGGGUGCUGUAGGUGACAAUGUGGAAGAACAUCUAGAAAUGGGUAAAACCCUUCUGGCACAGGGGAAACUAACUGAUGCCUUAUCACACUAUCAUGCUGCAGUAGAGGGUGACCCAUCCAACUAUUUAACUUAUUACAAAAGAGCUACAGUGUUCUUAGCAUUGGGUAAAUCUCGGUCUGCUCAACCAGACUUGGAUAGAGUUUUGGAACUGAAACCAAAUUUUAAUGCUGCUCGUAUGCAGCGAGGUAAUGUCCUACUAAAACAGGGACAGUUAGAUGAAGCAAAGGCUGACUAUACGACUGUGUUGAAAUUUGACCCCAAUCACAGUCAAGCCCAGAAACAAUUAUACUUGAUUGAUCCCCUAAAAGCAGAGAUAUCUGAAGCAAAAGCCAGAUACAAGAGCGGUGACCAUCAGGCAGCCAUAGAUCACUUAACAAAAGCCAUUGAGAUUUGUCCAUGGAGCCCAGAACUGAAGGAGAUUCGAUCUGAAUGCUACAUUGCUCUAGGCGAUUUGUUAAAAGCAAUCCACGACAUCCGUCCAACUACGAAAUUACGCAAUGAUAAUACAGCUGCCUUUUUGAAACUCAGUCUUUUACAUUAUCAAUUGGGAGAAGCAGAUGACUCUCUCAGCGCUCGACUGGUGGAAAAGAUUCUGAAAAUGAACAAAGAAACAGGCAUGAUAAAAGGGUGCCUCAACAGCUCAAACUCGCAAUCUUAUGAAGAAUGUAUCCAAAAAGCUAAUCAAAUUCUCGAAAUGGAGAAUAAAAAUCAACAAUUUAUUCUAAAGGGCAAGUCCUUCCUUUGUCAUUGUAAUUCUAAAGCUGGCUUUGAAAAAGAGGCAAUCAAGAAGUGUAGUGAAGUUCUCACAAUAGACUCUAACAAUGUGGAUGCUUAUUGCGACCGAGCUGAAGCUUAUAUUAAAGCCACCCAGUACAACGAUGCGGUUAACGAUUACCAACAAGCACAGAAUAUCGACUCAGAAUCACAUAGAGUCCAAGAAGGUCUGGAGAAAGCUAAAAAAAUUCUUAAGCAAUCAAAAAGAAGAGACUAUUAUAAAAUCCUUGGUGUACGGAGGAAUGCAGACAAACGUACAAUACUAAGGGCAUACAGAAAGCUGGCUGUGAAAUGGCACCCUGAUAAAUAUGAUAAUGAAGAGGACAAAAAGAAUGCACAGAAACACUUCAUUGAUAUUGCUGCUGCCAAAGAGGUUUUGACCAAUCCUGAGAAGCGUCAAAAGUUUGAUCACGGUGAAGAUCCAUUGGAUCCGGAAAAUCAGAACGAACAUGGAGGUGGACCUUUCUGGCAUCAGGGUUUCAAUCCCUUUGAAAGUGGAGGAGGUUUUCAGUUCAAAUUCCACUUCAACUGAAAACAACAACAAAAAAAAAAGGAGAAAAAAAACUAACAAAACACAACAAAAAAAAACACCUUCCCAUAAAAGAAAGAGAAAUGACUUUUCUCUUCCUCUUCUUUCUCCCCCCAAUUUUUUUAAAGAUUUUUUUUUUACAUACAUUUUUUUGUACUGCUACACCUUUGCCUACCCUAAACUCACUCUUUCCACACAUACUCGCACACUUUGACCUCUGAUACUAUUCCACAUUUACCAUCCUACCAUUCUCUCUCUCUCUCUCUCUAACUAUCUACCUAACGUGUGGAUAGUAGUAGGAGGGUGAGAUAAGUGAUAGUGGUGGUGGUCGUGUUGAUGGACAUGUAGAGGACGAAGGUGGUUGUGGUGGUGGUUGUGGUGGUGGGUGGAGUUUGAUUGGUCAAGGUGAUGGACUUUGUGAUACAGUGUGAUGUGAUGUGGUGGAGGUGGCAUUCUGGAGCAGUGGUGGUGGUGGUGAGGUUCUGUGGUAUGUCCACGCCCAUCCCACCACACACAUACACAUGCCCAUACAGAUGCACACUCUCACAUGCAUACACACAUACAAAAAGAGGACAUCUUGAUAAACUGUUGGUUGUAAAUAAAAUAUAAUAAUAAUAAGAAACUGUGUAUUGGUGGUGAUGAAGAUAGUUAGGGUGGUGGUUGGCAGGGGUGAUGGUGAUGGUGAUGAUGGUUAGGGUGGGGAUAGGAGUGGUGGUGGUGGGGUUUACAUUGAUAAUGAUGAGAUGUUUCAUCAUAUAUUUCAAAGUGAAUAUUUUAAUAGAAGUAAAUAUUCUGUUUUGUGUUUGUAAUUGUGUGUGUUGCAUUUUUGUGUGCGCUUGUGUUUCUGAUUUUGGUGUACCUGUGUGUGUGUGUGUGUGUGUGUGUGUGUGCGUGAUGCUGUAUACAAGUUUGUGAGAAGCACCAACACAUACUGAGUUUGUGAUUCUGUGUAUGUAUAUCUGUGCAUACAUAGUUGUAUUAGUGUAUCUGUGUAUGUGUCAGUUGUUUUCUAUAUCCCUUUUUCUCUCUUUCACAUAACCCCCUACACACACACACUGUAUUUGUGGCCCUACACUCACCACCCUCCUUAUUGAUCUCUAUUACCAUCAUCAUCAGGGAUGCAUAAUCUAGUAGAAACUGCAGCCUGUUACCCUCAUAUCACACUCUACUGUUUUAGAAAAAUAAAAAGAAUGUAACCGUGAAUACUCCUGAAUAGACAGGAUGAUCACAGCUGGAAUGUCUUAUGAUAAAAGAUCUGCCCAAUCUGGGCUGAACAACAUCAUCACAAACCUUUCAAAA